AUGAACAAGGGAUAUGCUCUCGAGGUUGCAAAUUAUAUGAACGCCGAUAUUUUGCUCAAUAACCUCCACAACACCAUCGCAAAUAAGGGCAGCCCUAUUAGUGCUGGGAGCUACAAAUAUUUGCUCUCGACACUUGGAAGGGAGAUUAAAAGCAAAUAUGAAAAUUUUACGAGAGUGUUGGAAAGCGAGCAGGCUGUUUUGGGGGAUAAUUUGACAAGAGUCCCUCAAAUUGAAUUAUUCACUGCCAAGGAGAAGAAUAGUCAUGAAGAUAAGGAAGUAUUAAUCAUGAAGGUUGUUCAUAAAGUUAUCGACCAGCUGACCAUUCCCUACGAGAAGAAUCCAGUGGAUAAUCAAGAAAAGUGUUUCAAGAAUGUACAACUCGUUCAGUCCUUCCAUCAAGAGAACAUUAUUCAACCCGAGAGGGUAAUUCCAGAGAGUGAGGGUCACGUUACAUAUCUUGUGUUUUCUGAAGCUGAUAUGCAACUCCCUCUUGUGGAUGCCAUCAUCGACGGUAUGCUCAAUAAUGAACAGAGAAAAUAUGUGUUUUUCCAAUUAGUUUGUGCCGUUCAUGAACUUCAUAAGGCAGGACUGGUUCAUCAAACACUUCAUCGAUUUUGCGUAGAUCCACAUCUUAUUGUGGUCGGAAAUGGUUGCAAAGUUGGCUUAAUUGAUUUGACAGGAGUAACUGUACAAACCAAAGAUGAUUUUGCCUAUCAAUGGAUGCCUACUCCAAGAAGACAUUCAGAGGGUGGAAUUUCAUCUCCAAGAUCACCACCGGAUCAAAAACAGACAUCUAUUUUUGACAGUCCUAAAUCUGCAAGAAUGACAAAAUCCCCUCGAACACCAAGACGAAGUUUAGGAAAUAUGAAUUCUUCCCUCAAUUUUAGUCCUCGCAAAACAUACUCUCGUGACUAUGUGUUUGCAAGUCAGAAUGAGAGAGUUUUCAGAGAUGUUACAGGUGGAGAUAAUAGUGGACAAGUGAAUAAUAUUUGGACUCUUGGUACGAUUUUCGCAUUUCUUUUACGAGGAAUUCCCAUCUUCAAAGGAUCCACUUCUACAGAGGUUUGGGAAAGAGUGAUCAAUUUGUUUGGAAGGCCAACACCAUCCGAUUGGAGUUCUCGUCAACACAAUGUAAAAGUAUUUGUCGAACAAUUAAUUCAAGAGAAGGGUUUUGACAUCUCUCAAGACAGGCAUUUGGAUUACGUGUUUGGAACAUGCACCAAGGAUGAAAUUGAUCUCUUGAGAGGAAUGUUGUGUAUUAAUCAGGAGAACCGGUUGACUACUGAGCAAAUUUUGCAGCAUCCAUACUUUGACGAGUUCAGGCAAUACAUUCCCAAAGGAAGUCUCUUCAAUAAGUUCUCGCAGAGCUUGGACGAAGAUGACAGCGAGUGUGACACAACCCUUGUUGUCGCUGGAAGCAACUUCAAUCAUCAAACAGGAAUGCUACAUUGCCAAUUACAUCCAACUUUGGGAUUUUUAGAUGAUAUCAACUCUGUUUUCGAGAAGGUUCCUUCCAUUGCAAAGGUUUGUUGCACCUCCUCAACUACCAUGCUAUUGGCCAAAGAUGGAAGAGUCUUCAUUUUAGGAGGAUCUUCAAAGUCAAGCUUAACUGAAUUGGACUUGGAUAAUGUUGUUGACAUUGACUGCAAUGGCAGCGAUGAUGAAUGUCACUAUCUCAUGUUGAGAGGUGAUGGAAAGUUAUUUGUGUAUGGAUCGAAUAACCACGGACAACUCUCUCUGGGACAUACAAGCUCAAUUUCACUUAUUGCCCCUGUCAAAUGGGAAGAAAAUGAGAGUCCUGUUUCAAAGAUUGCGGCAGGAGGUAAACACACAAUUGUUACCCACAAGGGAGACUUGUAUGCAUGCGGAGCCAAUGAGCACAAACAAUGUGGAAUUGAUGAUCACAGGGAAAUCAUCCCCUUGUUGACAAAGGUAGCCACUUUUACUGACGAAGUUCUUAAAGAUGUCAAGUGUGGUGACUCUCAUACAAUUCUUUUAACUGAGUCUGGGAGAGUUUUCACAUUCGGAGACAAUCGAUUUGGACAAUGUGGUUUUGAGAGAGUUAAGAGAGUUUGCAUUCCUUCAGAGUUACCCGCCAUGUUAUUCAACAGAUAUCAGGUCACACAAAUUGCUGCAGGGACAAAUCACUCUCUGUUUGUGUCUACUCAAUUUUUCCUGUACUCUGUUGGUCAAGCUUCAAAGGGCCAACUAGGAUUUAAAACUGAUGAGCCAGCAAUUUUCGUCCCUUCAAAAAUCAAUUUUCAACCUCAAACGAACGACUAUGAAAUUCAUCCGUUCUGUAGAAGAGAAAUCAUGAAGGCAUUUGCCAAAUUUGAUCAUUCCUUCUUUGUAACAAAUGAUAACCGUAUCUUUGUAUGCGGAGACAAUUCUUAUGAAGAGAUCGUGAGCUGGCCAUACCAACAAGGCUUUUAUUUCUACAAUGAAGUUCCAAAGAUUGUGGAUGUGCCAGUUGAAAUUAUGAAUGUCUCAUGUCCUAACUUUGACAAUACCAAGUUACAAAUGGAGGUACAAUCCGCCAGCUUUGGAGAACACCAUUUGUUUGUUUGUAUGCAAAAGAAAUGUGUAGAAUAA